AUGCCGUACGUCAAGACACCGCAGAAUGAGAGUUUCCCUCCCUGGACAUGGUCGGAAGCACCUCUUCUCACAGGCUCUUCACGCCACGAGCCGGACCCUGAGAUCCGCAACAUUAUGAUCACUAGUGGAGCUGGCCUCAUCGCUUCGUGGGUAGUCCGUCACCUCACACCUACCUAUGGUGACCACUAUAACAUCGUCUCCUUCGACAAGCUCGAUUCCUGUGCGUCUCUGAAUAACACAACCCAAUUCAAUCACCUCGAGAACUUCUCUUUCUACCACGGAGAUAUCAUGAAGGCGGAUGAAGUCUUGGGUUGUCUUCGAAAGCAUAAGAUCGAUACCGUGAUGCACUUUGCAGCGCAACCUCACGUCGAUCUCUCCUUCGGAAACUCUUAUGACUUCACCUACGCCAAUGUCUACGGCACUCACGUGUUGCUAGAGUAUAUAAAGACGUAUGGAAUCAAGGAAUUCAUUUAUGUCUCUACGGACGAGGUCUAUGGUGAAGUCAAAGACGGUGCCGACGACCCUCUCGAAGAUGCCAUUCUUGCUCCUACAAACCCCUAUGCCGCAUCCAAGGCCGCCGCGGAGAUGAUGGUACACACCUACUACAAGAGCUUCAAGGUACCGGUCAUUAUUGUCCGCAGCAACAAUGUCUAUGGACCUCAUCAAUUCCCCGAGAAGGUUAUCCCGAAGUUCUCGUUGAUGCUGCAGCGCGGGUUGAAGCUUCCUCUACACGGCAGCGGAGACAACACACGCCGCUACCUGUACGCAGGCGACGCAGCAGAUGCGUUCGAUACCAUCUUGCACAAGGGUGAGAUUGGCCACAUCUACAAUGUCGACUCGCAUGACGAAGCCUCGACUAUCGACCUCUGUGCCCACCUACUACGNCUUGUCGGACUACCUCACGCCACAACCGAAGACCUCUACAAACAUGUCGUUCACACCCAAGACCGCCCCUUCAACGACCAUCGCUAUGCCGCCAAUGGAGAUAAGCUCCGUCAAUUGAGUUGGGAACAGAAGACUCGCUUCAUUGAAGGCUUGCAUACUUCCCGAAGAAGAGAACGCGUCGGUGAGAUUGAGGCUGGUGCAACGCGUGACGUCGACGACCUUGCGACGGCGGCUCAUCUUCGCGCGAUCAUGAGGCCUAUUCUUGAUGUUGCACGAUUUCGCCGCAAAGUUCAGACGAGCCGUAUCGCGUAG